UAUCUAUUAACCACCACUAAUACAUGUUAUCAAUUAUAGUAGCCAUACGGUAAUUAGCCAACAAGGGAGGUUGCUUUGUUAUCGUUAGUAUCAUUUUAUUUUGUAUUUAGAGUUUAUACAACUACAAAAUACGAAAAAUAGUAUACAUAGAAUAAGAGAACGAGGGGGAGAGAGCAACUUUGAUUUCGUCCAAUUCAUGGCUGUCUCAGGGUCUCUGCAAGUCUCCCUGGAGCUCGGAAUCUGCAGGAACCAUGAGCGCAGCAAGAGAUUUCAGAGUACCAAAACAAGGGCUCGAUUGUGUCUCUCGAGGAGUAAUUUGUCGUCAGCUUUACUGAGACGGUGUUCUUGGGGUUCAGAUUCUUUGAAGCAAGUGCACAGACGAGUAUGCACCAUUCCUCAUAUAGAUCAUCAGUUUAGGUGCCAUUGUUUUGUAAAUCCCAGCCCGUCUGUGGAUGUUAACAGUGUAAAGAAUGCAACUUUAACUCUAGCAAGAUCACUUAAUCGUCUGCAAGGAAGUCCCGUUGUGAUUAAAUUGGCUUCAGCAGUUGGGAUUGUUAUUUUUGCAGUAUGGGGGCUUGGGCCACUUGUCCAAUUAAGCAGAAAUGUUUUUAUGAAUAAGACUGACAAUAACUGGAAAAAGAGUAAUGCAUAUCAAGUUACAACCUCAUAUAUUCAACCCUUGUUGCUAUGGACUGGAGCAAUCUUUAUAUGCAGUGCAUUGGAUCCAAUGAUUCUUCCCACAGAAGCUGGUCAAAUUGUUAAACAAAGGCUUCUAAAUUUUGUCAGAUCUUUAUCUACAGUGCUGGCUUUUGCAUAUUGUCUGUCAAGUUUAAUUCAACAAGCACAGAAAUUCUUCAUGGAGACAAAUGCCUCUACCGAUCACAGAAAUAUGGGUUUCCAGUUUGCUGGGAACGCUAUAUAUACGGCCGUCUGGGUUGCAGCUGUAUCAUUGUUUAUGGAAUUGUUAGGUUUCUCAACCCAAAAAUUGCUCACCGCUGGAGGGCUUGGAACAGUCUUGCUCACACUAGCUGGACGUGAGAUAUUCACGAAUUUUCUUUCAAGUGCAAUCAUUCACGCGACUCGACCAUUUGUUGUGAAUGAGUGGAUUCAAACCAAGAUUGAAGGCUAUGAAAUCUCUGGGACAGUUGAGGAAGUAGGGUGGUGGUCACCAACAGUUGUAAGAGGCGAAGACCGUGAAGCCGUUCACAUUCCAAACCACAAGUUAACUAUGAAUGUUGUGAGAAAUCUUACUCAAAAAUCUCACUGGCGUAUUAAAACCCACAUAGCCAUCAGUCACUUAGAUGUUGGCAAAAUUAGUACCAUAGUAGCUGACAUGCGGAAGGUUCUUGCAAAGAGUUCUCAUGUGGAACAGCAGAAAUUGCACAGAAGAGUAUUUUUGGAUAAUAUUAAUCCUGAAAACCAGGCUCUAAUGAUAUUGGUGUCCUGCUUCGUGAAGACCUCACAUUUCGAAGAAUAUUUGCGUGUUAAGAAAGUAUUCACCGAUUCAGACUUGGACAGCAUACCCUUUUCGGACACCAUAUUUACCCGUGGCACUGCAUCUUCCAACAGCCCACUGCUACUGGUCGAACCAUCCUACAAAGUCAAUGGGGAAGACAAGCCCAAAAGUCAAACCCGUUCGUCCCGCCCAAACGGGGAGGAAGACACCAAGCCAAAAGAUGAUAAAGCUAGUCCUGAGUCUGGACAAGUGCCCAAAUCCGGCCCAAAGGAAGAUCCCAAGCCCAAUAGCAGCCCAAAACCCGUCCCCAGCGCAGAUAAUCAGAAAACGGGCCAGGAGACUAACUUGGUCUCCUCAAGUACUUCUUCACAUUCGAAACAGGAUUCGAGACAACAGCCGAUUACACAGACUAAACCCUCUCUUGAGGAGAAUAUAGUUCUGGGCGUUGCAUUAGAGGGCUCAAAGAGGACGUUGCCAAUUGAGGAGGAGAUGGUGGGCCCUCCAAGUUCGAGUCCAGAGGAUGUGAAGGAGUUGGCAAAAUCGAGGAGUGGUAACAGGCCACCUGUGGCUGAGAAGGACAAAAAUGAUGUCAAGAACUCGGGCACUGGUUCAGCUCCA